UGCAGACGACCUGUGAGCUGGGAGCGAUUUAAAACGCUUAGGAUUCCCCUGGCCUGGGUGGGGAGAGCGAGCUGGGUGCCCCCUAGAAUCCCCACCCUCGGCUCCCCAUGAGCGAAUCAUCGGCCCCAUGGAGCCCGGCAAUUAUGCCACCUUGGACGGAGCCAAAGAUAUCGAAGGCUUGCUGGGACCCGGAGGGGGUCGGAAUCUAGUCGCCCACUCCCCACUGGCUAGCCAUCCCGCGGCGCCAACGCUGAUGCCGACUGUCAACUAUGCCCCCCUGGAUCUGCCAGGCACUGCAGAGCCACCAAAGCAGUGCCACCCUUGUCCUGGGGUGCCUCAGGGGGCAUCUCCAGCUCCCGUGCCUUAUGGCUACUUUGGAGGCGGGUACUACUCUUGCCGAGUGUCCAGGAGCUCACUGAAACCCUGUGCCCAGACGGCCACCCUGGCCACCUACCCUUCGGAAACUCCUGCGCCUGGGGAGGAGUACCCCAGCCGUCCCACCGAGUUUGCCUUCUAUCCCGGCUACCCUGGACCUUACCAGCCUAUGGCCAGUUACCUGGAUGUGUCUGUGGUGCAGACCCUGGGAGCCCCUGGGGAGCCUCGCCACGACUCUCUGCUUCCUGUGGACAGUUACCAGCCCUGGACCCUGGCCGGUGGCUGGAACGGCCAGAUGUGUUGUCAAGGUGAACAGAACCCACCCGGUCCUUUCUGGAAAGCGACGUUUGCAGAGCCCAACACCCAGCACCCUCCUGAUGGUUGUGCCUUCCGCCGAGGCCGCAAAAAACGCAUUCCCUAUAGCAAGGGGCAGUUGCGUGAGCUGGAGCGGGAGUAUGCGGCCAACAAGUUCAUCACCAAGGACAAGAGGCGCAAGAUCUCGGCAGCCACCAGUCUCUCUGAACGCCAGAUCACCAUCUGGUUUCAGAACCGCCGGGUCAAGGAGAAGAAAGUUCUGGCCAAGGUCAAGACCAGCGCUACCCCAUGAACGCCAGAGGGGGUGGGCAGUAGACGGGUUGAGGGUUUGUCUUGGAGAAACUGGGAGCCUGCCGGGGCUGGGACUGGCAGAAGGAACCCCAGGAGAUGACACCUUUAGCAGGCUACUGAGUUAUGGACUGUUCCUCAGGGGCUACCCUGCAUGUGCCAGGAGCGUGAGGCCUGGAAUGACAGUCCACUCCACCCGGGUUCCAGAGAACCUGUGUUAGUCAUAAUUAAUCAUUCAUCCUAACGGGGCAGUGAUAAUCUCGUAACCAUCACUAGUUGCCGCGAUAAUUAGUUUCAUGUUUUCUGUCUAGAGCUCAGUAGAGCGCUUAGAGCCCGCUUUCAUAAGUUGAGCUAAUUGUGAAUAAAUACGGAAGAAGAUCUUUUUGUAGG